AUGCCGACACCAAAUGUUUGGAAUUUCGGUGCAGGUCCCGCAAAACUCCCAACUUCAGUAUUACAACGAGCACAGGCCGAAUUGUUGAAUUACAACAAUACUGGAAUGUCGGUUAUGGAACUUUCACACCGCUCCAAAGAAUUCGAUAAUCUUCAUAAUAAAGCUCAACGUGAUUUACGUACCUUACUCAACAUUCCUGAUAAUUAUAAAAUUUUGUUCAUGCAAGGUGGUGGUAAUACUCAAUUUGCCGUAGUAGUUUAUAAUUUAUUAGCUGCAAAAAGACACCAAAUAGAUGAUGAUCUUGAGGAAGAAUUCAAUCCGCCACUGGAUUACUUAAUCACAGGCUCAUGGUCAUUAAAAGCAGCAGAAGAAGCCAAAAAAUUAUACAAUAAUGUUAACAUAGUUUUUGAUGCCAAAAAAUUCUAUGGGUCAUAUGGAUCAAUUCCACCAAAAGAAGAUUGGAAACUCAGUGGUUCAAAAGCAGCAUACGUUUAUUAUUGUGAUAAUGAAACAGUUAACGGAGUGGAAUUUAAUAAUAUACCAGAAAUUGAUCCUUCAGUACCAUUAGUUUGUGAUAUGUCUUCAAACAUCCUCACACGUCGUGUUGAUAUAUCAAAAUUUGGUGUUAUUUAUGCAGGUGCACAAAAGAAUAUUGGGGCAGCUGGUUUAACCGUUGUUAUAGUUCGGGAAGAUUUAUUAGUAAGAUCCAAAAAUUUUGAUAACAAAAGUUCUGGUAUUCCUGCGAUUCCCUCAAUGUUAGAUUACAAGAUAAUGGCAGAUCAUAAUUCGCUUUAUAAUACCCCACCAACGUUUUCAAUAUAUAUUUCAAGUUUAGUAUUUGAAUGGUUAUUAGAAUUGGGAGGGGUUGAGGCCAUCGAAAAAACUAAUUUAACUAAGGCUAAAAAACUUUAUGAAAUAAUUGAUAAUUCGAAAAUUUAUAAAUCGCCUGUUGAAAAAAGUGUAAGAUCAAGAAUGAAUGUACCUUUCAAAAUUCAGCGAGAAGAAUUAGAAAGCGAGUUCUUGAAAGGAGCUAUCGAGUUAGGAAUGUUACAAUUAAAAGGGCAUAGAAGUGUCGGAGGAAUUAGAGCUAGUAUGUACAACGCUAUGACUUUGGAAGGUGUUGAUUUUUUAAUCGAAUAUAUGAUGGCAUUUGAGAGAAAACAUUGCCAAUAA